AUGGCGUCCGAUAACGAAGCCUCCUGCGUGAGUGACCCAAAUUUUGCAGUGAUCUGCUCGUUUCUUGAAUGUUUUGGCAAAUCAUGUGGGAUAGAGUACCCGGAUAUUAAAACACUCCAGAAAAUGAUAGAGGAUACUCAUGAAGUGCCCCAAAAAUUGAUAGAUCUUCACGUGAAACUACUCAGAAAAAUGAAGAAGACUGUUCAUCCAGAAAAGUGGGAACGAGUUUUAGUUAAAUUUUGUCAUACAUACUCAAAUCAGGACGGCUGGGAGCUUGAAAGAUUUGGAUAUAAAAAAGCUCGUGUUAGUGUUAAAUUACGCUUACUCAAGGUGCUUUUAGAAACUCAAUUUGACUCGAAUCAAAGAUUUAAAAAUGACGUAAAUAAACAACCAGCAAGUGAACUCCGACUUGAGCCAUUAGGACGUGACAAAACGGGUCUAGCGUAUUGGUUCCAGUUAGACGACGAUUGUAAUAUAAGAGUAUAUCGUGAAGAUAUAGACGAAGAGAGCUGGGAAUUGGUAGCGACUGACCGCGAGGGUGUAGUGAAGCUUAUUAACACCUUAACAGCCGGAGAAGCUGGAUCUCUACUGACAAAUGAAGACAGUAAUAGCCUGGAGGUCUCUGAGAAGCCGAUAAUUGACACCGGUCAAGCAGCAACGUCUUCACCAAGUGCUGAACAAGAACCACCAGUCGAAAAUGGUAACGCGAGUGAUUCUAAUGCCAAAAGCCAGGGUGUUAAAAAUCCCACCACCCAAGAGGUUAAAUUAGCUAAACCUGCCGCGAUUGAGGUGAACAAGAAGACCAGCGAAGCGGUUGUCAAUAAUGGAGUCAAUGUUAAUGACGAUGAAAAUGACAGCGAGGGAGAUGAUGAAGAAGAUGAGGAGGAUGAUGAUGAUGAUGAUGAUGAUGAGGAGGAUGAGGAUGAAGAAGAAGAAGAAGGAGAAGGAGAAGAGGAAGAGGAGGAGGAGGAGGAGGAAGAAGACGAGGAACUGAGUAAUGACGCAUCAACCCAAAACACCGAAGAGGACGGUUCCCAAGAUGUUCCUCCGGUGAAUUCAAAUUUAAAGCCCGUGUCUAAUAAAAUAACUCAGCCUGUAAACGAUAAUCCUGUAAAUGCCAAACGUAAACCUGCGACGGUCAGUGAAAAAGAUGUUCCUAAAGACAAACCCUCGGUUAUUAAAAAUCCUAUCGAGGUAACACCACUCAAGUCAAUAGAGACUCCGGUAAUUACCUCGCCGUUGAAAUUAGUACCUCCGCCGGAGCCUAAGCAUUUUACAGCGGAUUUAACAACCUCUGUUACGAUAUCAGCUGUUAAACCUCCACCGAGUCUUAUAGAAGACUCUAAAGCGCGAGAGCUUGCUCCUAGUAUCAAAGCUCAUGAAAAACUACCGAGUAAAAGUUCGCUGCCUUACAGCGCUCUUGAAGUUACUUUAAAUCACGGGAAAUUUCCCUUGAAGCCAAUCGAUAAACUAGCCGCUAAUUUGGUAAGAAUGCAGUCAGAAAAAUUAGAGAAGCCCAGUGCGUCAAAGUUACUGGAAAAAAUAGCUGAAAAUUUAGCAAGAUCCAGCAGUUCUCAUCCAACAAAUGUCAUGUCUAACGAUGAUGACAAAAAUAAAUUUCCUUCUGAUUUUAUAUCAAGAUUAAACGUUCAAGAAAAACAUCCGAUUGUUGGUUCGUCUAGAUCUUUAAGAGGUGGGAUUGAUUUGUCGACUUCUAGAGAAUGGGACAAUUCUAUAGACCAUCAACAACAACAUCAGCAGCAGCAUAAGCAGCAAAGACCGGUUGAUUUUUCGGGAAUGGACUUGUCUAGUCGGAAGCAAUCUAAGCCUAUAGUAGAGCCGCUACCUUCGGGUUAUCGCGCGCAGGAGUUUCAUCAGUACCGUGAGAUGGAUUUGAGCACCCGGAAAUCUAAACCGGACUUAGCUGGUCCAGCUUAUGAUUCUUUACUGAGGAAUCAUUCUAUGAUUGCUGAUUUAAGCAAAAGGCAGAUGCCGUUUGUUGGCUAUGACAUGCCCAGUGUAGCUUACCACAAUCCUCCGGUUGUAAGACUGCCAAGCAAAGAAGAGCACAGAUUGCCGAGUUAUACAAUCCUUCCGGACCCCAGUAGGCUGGCUUCGAUGCGCAGCGGUGCUGUUAAACGCGCGUUAGAAAUUGAUGAAACUCAGCAAGAUAUGCUGAAGAGAUUACGCGCUGAUUUGUCGAUGGGAGCAAUGCGCGGCCCUAUUGAUAAAAAAGCUCCUCUGGGCAUGGGAUUGCGUCGGGAGGACAUUGUUGGACCUGCUAUUGAAGAGCCUUUGAUGAUGGUCCACGGAGAGGGCUCUGGUAGUGACUGCGAUGCUGGGAAUCAAGAAGUUGGAGACGCUAUUGAAGAACCUGUGGUGUUUUUUUAUGGAGAAGGCGCUGGAAGGGAUUGCGAUACUGGAAAUCCCGGGGAUGAAUCUUCUGAUGGUGGGAGUAAAGAUUCUAGUGGUAGUCAAUCAAAAAAUGGGCAAGGGUGCAGUGAGGUGUCUGCUGGUAUUUCACAGUCUAAAUUAAAUAAUGAUAAUGAGAGAGAUGUUGCUGGUGUGUCGAAUUGUCCAGAGACUAGUACUAGUACUAGUAAGCCUUUAGAAUUAAAUAAUGACUGUCAAUUGGAUCCUGUCACUAGUAAUUGUCAAUUUGAGUCUUCUGAGUCACCUAAAGGAAAGUUCAAGCCUACUUUAGGGGUCCAGGUGAUCGUUAAAUCUCCUGGGUGCUCGGCUAAAAGGACUAGCAGGUGGGAUGUAGGAAGACCUGAUGAUAAAUUAGAGUGUGACAGUAGCAUAUCCAAUGAAGAUAACAUAUCAGAAGAGCCAGUUGUUAAUGACACUGGCUAUCAAUCUAAUGACGUUAAAUCUUGUGGGUUUAAAUUAGAGACAGAGACUAUUAGCAGCACUACUAAUCAAAGUGUUGAAAGUAUGUCUACUGAUUGUAAUUUACCAGUAGUUGUGCCUGGAAAUAACUUACCAGUUAAUGAGACUCGAGAGGAAAAAAUGGACAUGGAUGUAGAGAAAAAUUGUGAGGGAGAGGAUGAAUCUCCAAGGUUUUUUUUUGGACCGAAUUGUGUAUCUUACACUCCUAGUCCUGGAAAACGAGAUCAAGCUACGUCUUCCUCGGUUAAAAAUGAUGAUAAAUUUGUGGACAAUAAUAAUGUUAAGAAUAUGGCAGACUCGGUAAUUCAACCUGUUAGCAGCAGUGUUAACAAGCCGGAGUCUUCAACUGAGGCUGAAGUUUGUUCUACUUCAGAUAAAAUUGAGAAACCUGAAGAAGUUGACUCUAGUGUUGGAGGUACUCUUGGGGAAGGUACUGGUGAAUCUAUGGACGUGAGUUUGGAGGAAAGUUCAAGAUCUGAGGAUAAAAUUGUUGAUUCUAAUACUGAGGAAGUGAUGAAUGUUGAUCAAGUCGAGUCCAGUACUGACGAAAAGGUUCUUGAGCCUGAAGACAAGGUUGAAUCUUCGGGAGAGAGUUCUCGGAAGAUUGAAGCAGAUGUGGAGCCUGAAGAAUCAAGUUGCAUUGAAGAGGUAGAUAAAUUAGAGACCAAAGAAGCAACCGUGGAGUCUACGAUUCCUGAAUUAGUUGAAGAAUCUCCAUCAGCUGCUGCGGCAGUUGAGUCAAGUGUUCCUGAGUCUUCUGAACUGGAACAAUCUGUAGAGACAGUAGAGUCAACAGUUCCGGAAGUGUUGGUUAAGGAUGAUCAAGUUCCGGUUGAAUCUUCUAUUACUGAGUCUGAGUCAUCUAUUCCAGAAUCUUCGAAUGUUUCAAUGCAAAGUGAAGAGCCGUCGAUGGUUGAGUCGACGGUUUCCAGCGAUAAAGACCUGGAGAAUAUUAGAGACAUUGAAAAAACUAAUGACUCUAAUGAUGCAUUUAAUUACAAUGUUUCUGAAGAUCAAAGUAUGUAUGGAGAUCAGGAUUCUAAUGAUCCGAUGGUUAUUGAUGAAAAGGAUGAUUUAAUAGAGUCUAAAAAUCCUGGAACUGAGUCGGCUUUGAAUGAGGAGAAUAAAGAUACAGAAGUAGAUUCUAGUGAAGUGGUUGAACCUUCUACGUCAGCUUGUCCUGAAAUUCAAGAUGAUAUUGACUUUGUUUCUGAGAAAUCAGAAGCUCUAGAACCAGGGAUUGAACUUUCGAAGGCUCAGUAUGAAGAUGUCUUGAAGGACUUGGGAGACGAACAGUCUGAGGGUAAAGAUUGCGAAGCUGCUGAUUCUACGACUAGUAAAGAUGCUAGUGAGUUCAGCGAAUCUGCUGAGACUAAGUCACUUUUGAUGAGUCAGACUUCUUUGGUUGCUAAUUAUGGAAGUGAUGACUCCAAUGAUGCGGGUAGUGAUGAUGUUUUUGUGGAGAAGGAUAAAGAGGUUGGGAAGGGUGAAGAAUCAAAAGUUACGGUACCUGUUGAAGAUAAGAAGGAUUUAGUUGAUACUGAGGAGACUGGCUUGGGUAGUGCUGAAGGAGUUGAGGAACUUGAGACUGAGGGUAAAGCUGAGGAAGGUUUAGUGGAAGGGAAGGAAUUGGUUGAAGUUGAAGCAGACAAAGAAGGUGAAGAUAAAGAAGGGAGCCAAGCUGCUGAAGUUACUCAUGAAGUUUUGGAUGAUAAAAAAGAAGCUGCUGAGAGUUUGGAGCUGGAAGAUUCCAAAGAAGCUGAAGAUCUAGUUGAUGAAAAAAUUGAAGGUGAAAAUUCUGGAGUUGAAGAGGUUAAAUUCGUUGAAUCGGUGGACUUGAGUGUUCAUGAGAAAGAAAGUCAAGUUGAAGAAAAUUUAGCAGGUGAAGAAAAAUCAGAAUUGAUAAAAGAUUUAGGCGCUGAAAUUGAAACUGUAGAUUUGGAAGUUCAAGAAGUUAAGAGUCAAGCUGCUGAAGCUCAAGAAAUUGAGAGUCAAGCUGCGGAAGUUCAAGAAGUUGAGAAUCGAGCCGCUGAAGUUCAAGAAAUUAAGAGUCAAGCUGCUGAAGAAGCGAUUGUUGAAAGUAAAGCAAGUGAUUCUGGAGAAAAUUUAGCGGCUCCAGAGAUUAAAUCAAAUGAAUCUGUUGAGGAUCCGAUUGUUCAAGAGGUUAAAGUUGUUGAACCAAAAGAAUCUGCAGUAGAUGAUAAAAUAAUUGAACCUGAAGAAGGUUUGGCAAGCGAAAAAAUUCAGCGAAUUAAACCUGUUGAAGAUGUAGCUGAAGAAAUUAAAACUGUUGAGCCUGUUGAAGAUUUAGCUGAAGAAAUAAAACCUGUUGAGCUUGUUGAAAAUUUAGUAAGUGAAGAAAUCAAACCCAUUGAGCCUGUUGAAAAUUUAACUGAAGAAAUUAAACCUGUUGAAGAUUUAAUAGCUGAAGAAAUUAAAUCUAAAGAUUCAGUGGGUCCAGAAGUUUGUUUAAUAGAGCCUGAAAAAGAUUUGAAGGUAAAAUUAAAUGAAACUGUUGAAUCUUGUUCAUCUAAAGCUAUUAAAUUAAAUGAACUCGUUAAAGAAAAUUUGCCGGUUGAAGAGAUUACAGUAAAUCAAAUUACUGAUUUAUCAGUGAAAGAAUCUAAACUAAUUGAUACUCAGGAGCCUGAAUUAAUUAAACUUAAUUUGGAAAAAGAAAUAAAGACAGUGGAGGUUGAAAAAGACUCAACAGAUUUAAUUCCAGAAGCUAAAUCAAGUUUGGAAACUCAGAUUGAAGCAGAACCUCUGGAAAUUAUAGAAAAAGAAUCAGUAAAAUCAAUUGACACAAAAGAGAGCCCGGCGGUUACCGAGUCGAUAGUUGAACAAGUUACAAAUGAUCUCGAGAACACUCAGGAGAGUUCAAGCAAAAAAAUUACUCUUGAGUCGGAAGAAAAAGCGAUCGAUUCUCCCGCGUGUUUAACUGUUGGAGAAAAAUCAUUGGAGCCUGAAAUAAUAACAAAUGAGCCUAAAGAUCAACCCUUAGAUACACUUAGUGUUCCAGAGAAUAAAGCUGCUUGCAAGCCAAUUGAAGAAAUUACUGUUGCUGAGGAAUCAAUUAGCAGCGAUUUUUCGCGAGUCAAUUCAAAUAAAGACCCCGAAGGUGAGAACAAAGAAGAUGAAGAGCCAAUUGUUCAAGUUUGCAAGCGAGCCAGAACAGAACCUGAAUUAACCGAAAUUGUUUUAACAAAAUCACCAACAACUGAAAAUGUUAUUAAUGAAAAUAAAGUAUCGAGUGAUACUUUAUUAACUCAGCAAGCCAGCGAAAGUACUCCGGUUAUAACAAACGCCGAUAAUGACUACAAUAAAAAUUUGGAUGACAAAAAAGCAGCGAAUGCUCUUGACAAAGUGUCGCCUGAUUUGUACAUCAAGGACAAAGCAAGCCCAGAAAUAAUAGACCUGGAUAAAAAUUUAGGCGCUGAUUUGAAGGAUUCUUUUGACGAGUCAGUUUGCAAGUCUAGCUUAGUUGCUCCAGAGGACGAGAAAAAAGAAGCUAAUAAAAGAGCGCACAUUCCGGUAGUGAAUGAAAAUCCAGCUCCGCUUAAAUUGAGACCCAGAGCGGAUUUAUUAAGAGAAGACUCGACGUUUUACAACGACAUGAACGCUUCUCCAGAUAGGAAAAAAGACAAAGUCCCAGAAAUUCAACCAGUUUGCAAUAAUAUUGAAGAAGAUGAUGAAAUAAUUGAAGUUCCAGUUGAAAAUACAGCGGCUGUUAAAUUAAUAGACCUAACAGCGCCUGAUGUUAAGUUGGGCUACGAAGAUUCGGAUGAUUCUAUGGGAAUUGACAACGAGUGCGCGUUUGAGCCGACGGAAAUCGACCCGCUGGCUACUACUGAAGACGACGUUGCCAAGCAGAUAGAAUUGGAUGAUCUGGCUGUUAGAGUCGAGCCUGUUAAUGAAGUUAACAAGUACGAAGGCUGGAAGCUGGAUUCUACUGAGACAAUUACUUUGACGCCGCUGAAGGCUUCGAGGAAGCGACGGAACAGCAAUCAUGAGUCCAAUUCUGAGGACAAAGCUGGGAAGGAUGUUGAGGAAGAAGAGACGGGUGGUAAGAGGAUGAGAUUGAGGGGAAAAAGAACUCCUGAUGUUGCGCUGAGGAAAUCUGUUGAAAACAGCAGAAUUGAAACUGUUAGUUCUGAUGAUGAAGCGGAGGAGAAAAAUAAAGAGGAGGAGGAGGAGAGUAAUGAAGUGACUAUUGUGGAAGUUGCUAAGCCUAAAACCUUCGCUAAGACUAAAGGGAGAAAGAAACGUGGGUUUAAAAAUAAACGCAAGGUUAUACCUCCGAAAAAGAAGGUUGAGGUUGAAAAGGAAGUUGAUCAGGAUAUUAUUGAAGUUCCUGUUGAGAAUAAAGUGGAGGAAAAGAAACUGGAGGAGAAUAAUAGUAAGAAGAAACGGAAGAAAAAGAGGAUGUUGCUAGGGCUUGAAAUUGGAAUUGAUAUUAAACCUGAUGCCCAACCUGCUGAUGGAAGCGACGCUCCUGUAAGGCAGAGUAGGAGGAUUGCGCAGAUUAAAAUUAAGGAGGAAGCUGAUAGGAGGAGGAUUGAGGAGGAAACUUUGGACCCGAUUAAGCCGAAGAAGAUUGGGGGAGUUGUUGAUAAGAAGAAAAGAAAAAAGAAGGCUGAGAGUGAGGAGGAAGUUGUUGUUGUUAAGGAAAUUGAGAAGGAGUCGAAAAAGAAGAAGAAGAAGAGGAAGAAGAAGAAGAAGAAGGAGAGCAAGUUUAAUGAAGCUAAACCUUGGCAGAGCUCUUCGGGGUCUAGUACUGAGGAUGAGAAUGAAAAUGAGGAGGAGGAGGAUGAUAUUGAGGAAGAUAUAGAGAGUGAAGGGUCGUUUUUGUUUAAAAGCGAUCAUGAAUUCUCGCCUGAGAGUGAUUUGGAGAAGGACGAGGAGCUUGAACCUAUGAGGAGAGCGAGGACUGCGAGGAAACCUGAUAGUGAUGUUGAGGAGGCUGAUGAUGAGUACGCUUGUCAGAAGUGUGGCAAGGCUGAUCAUCCUGAGUGGAUUCUUCUUUGUGAUACUUGUGAUAAGGGGUGGCAUUGCUCCUGUUUAAGGCCUGCGUUGAUGCUCAUUCCUGAAGGAGAUUGGUUCUGUCCGCCUUGUCAGCACAAGUUGCUUGUUAAUAAAUUGAGGGAGAGUUUGAAGAAUUAUGAUCAGUUGGCGAAGCGGCAUCAGAAUGAGAUCUUGAGGAAGAAACGGCUGGCUUUUGUGGGGAUUAGUUUGGACAAUGUGCUGCAGAAGGACGGGCAUAGGAGUCAUAGGGUGCGCCAGCCUAGGGAGGAUGAUGAGGAUGAUGAAUCUGAUGAGGAGGAUGAUAAUAGGGAUAGGGAUCAUCGCAGAGGGCCUUCCAGUUCUUCGAGUUCUUCUUCUGGGUCUAGCAGCGAAUCGGAGUCUAGUAGUGAGGAGAGCGAGCCGGUUUAUCAGCUUAGAGAGAGGAGGUGUGUUAAUACAAGUUAUAAGUUUAAUGAGUAUGACGAUAUGAUUAAUGCUGCGAUUCAGGAUGAAGUUGAAGCGGUGCAAGGUGCUGGGAAUCAAGGCAGGGGGAAGGAUAUUUCUACUAUUGUCAAUGCUGAGAAGGAGGAGGGGAAAGAGGCGUUUAGUAAGAAGAAUGAUGAUGAUGAUGAGGAGGAGGAUGAUAAGCAGUCGGAUAAGGACAGUGAUAAGGAUUAUACUGUUGAUAAGGAGGAGGAGGAGGAAGAAGAUGCGGAGGAGAAGCGUAAAGCUGCUGCGAGGAAAGCUGCUGCUAAGAAGAAACACAGGAAGUUGAACAGUUUGGAUAUUAGCAGUGAAGAUGAUCCGGAGAGCGAUGAAGAUUUUAAGGGGAGUGAUAGUGAUGAAGAGGAGGACUAUGAGGACCAGAUGGAGUCUUCGGAUGAUAGUUCUUUUACUGCUUCUAGGAGGAGAGGUGGGAAGAAGAAUCACAGGCCUGUUAGAAGGUCCACUAGGGCUGCUAGGAAGACUAGAUAUGAUGAGGACUUUAUUAAUGAUGACAGUGAUGACAGUGAUAGGCCGAAAAGGAAGAGGUCCAAGUCUACUUGGGAGGAAGAGUCCGAGAGUGAAGAGAGUGAUAAUUCUUGGAGGAGUAGGAAGAAGAAGAGUAAGGCUUCUUCUUUUGCUAAAUUGAAAGCGCUGUCGAAGAGCAAGGCGAAGAAGAAGAAGAAGAGGAAAAGGAUUAUUGAGCCGGAGAAUAAGAGUGAGGAGGAGAAUAAUGAAAAUGAGGGAGGGAAUGAAGAGGAGAAUGGUAAUGAUGAUGGAGGUGAAAAGGAAGAGGUGGGGAAGAAGGAAGGGGAGGAGGUGAAGGAAAAGGAGGAGAAGAAGGAAGUUGUGGUUGCUAAUCAGGGUGGAAAUGUUGGAAGAGUUGAGAAUGAACCUGAGAAGGAACAGGAGGAAGAGGAGGAAGAGGAAGAAGAAGAUGAGGAGGAAGAGGAAGAGGAGGAUGAUAAUGGUAAUGAUAAUGAUAAUGGGAAUGAUAAUGAGGAGGAAGAGGAAGAGGAAGAGGAGGAAGAGGAAGGAGAGAAAGAAGAAGAAAUGGAACAGGAAGAAAUUCCUCAACCUUUUCUUCAACCUCAAAUUGAACAGCCAGUUCCUCUUCCUAUUGUUGAGCCUCCUGUGGUUCUUCCUACGGUAGUUUCGACAGUUUCUGCGGAUCAGGUUUAUGAGGAGAGCAAAAUGGUGAUUGAUGAAGACAGGGAGGAGGAAAAUCAUAACCAGACUGAAGUUGUCAAGCCUCAGGUUACUAGUGAGUAUCCGGUACAAGAACAGGUUCAGCAGCCAGCGGUUAUGGAGAAUGAAUUGGUGGAGAAAAAGGAGAAGAAGAGGCAGAAGAAAAGCGGGAUCAGGAGGAAAAUUAUCUACGGUGGGCUCCCUGAUGAUAGGCCCCAGGAAGAGGAGGAACCUCUUGGGAGGCGCACUAGAGGACGGAAGAUUAAUUAUCAAGUGGAUAUUAUUAUGUCUGAUAGUGAAGAGGAGCUGAAAAAAGCACUGAGGAAAACUGAGGAAAGUGAAGACGAGUUUAUGGUUCAUGAUGGGGAAGAUAAUCAUAAUAAUGAUGAUAAAGAUUCUGAUUCAGGAGACAUUUAUUCGCCAAAGAAGGACGGACCAAAAGGAAAGAAUAAAUCUCCGAAGAAUCGUAGAUCCAAAAAGAGUCCAGCCUCAAGAAAAGGAUUGACUGAUAAUGGUGAGCCUAAACAGAGAAAGAAACCUGGUCCUAAACCAGGUAGCAAAAAUAAACCUCGAUCAUUGACCGGAAUGAUGUCUUUAGAAGGCGGAGUGAUGGGCGACGUACCAGAAGGUUCCUUAACCGGACUAGGCUCCGCAGACCUAGCGGACUUAGACGAGGAGCAGCUGGAGCAGAUGAUGAUGGAAGACGAGGAGUACGGAAGACGCCAGCUGGAGCUAGCAGCCAUUGAAAUUGCCAAGAACAAGAAAAAAGAAGAGCGUGAGGCAAAGAAGCUUGAAAAAGCUCGCCAAAAAGCGUUGGAGAUUCUCGCAGCGGAGCAACAACGCGACCCUAACGCCCCCGAGGGUCCCGACGGAGAAGCUCCAAAGAAGAAGAAGCGCGGCCGGCGGAGUAAAGCUGAGAUUCUAGCCGAGCAGAUGCGCCGCGACAGUAUGGGUGCUGGAACAGUUCCUAUGCCCGGUCCAAUGGACCCGAAUAUUCCUCUGACGGUAAAUCCCGUCCUAGGAACCGCAAUGCCUCCUGAAGUGAUGAUCCAGGAGAUGGAGCGGCCUUCACCAGUUGAGGGACACCUCCCAUUAAUUACUGGACCUGACGGGCAGCUUUUUAACCCCGACGGGUCUUUAGUCAAGCCCAAGCGCCGCGGAAGAGGCAAGGGCAAAAAAACCCUAGCUAUGGAGGCUGCAAGAGCCGCAGAGGCGGCUGCUAAAGCCGCUGAAGCCGCGGGAAUUGUUCUGGACCCGGAAUUGAAGGAUGAUAUUCCAAACGUGCUUCCCACUCCCGGGAGCAGUACAUCAGGCUCCGCUCCGUCAACUCCGCCCGCGGGGGCAGUUUCUUCUCAAGGAUUACCAGUGACUCAGUCGAACCCUCCCGGGCCUCAGUCGGUUUAUUCUCAGCUGCCGCCGAGCCAACAGUCUUCCGUAAUCACGCGAAUGCUCCAAUCACAACCAGUGUCCAACGCUCCGCAGUCUUUCACAGCAGCUGCAGCGGCUAUGGGUCAGAAGUACUUCGGAGUUCCUAAUACUACUGGACCGAUGAUGCCCAAUCCUAGGUCCAGCUACGAUAUGUCUCCUAGAGGAAGAAUACCCUCGCCGUUUAACACCAGACAACCCGGACAGCCGCCCAUGCCGCCGCACUUUGCGGCUGUAAGAUCCGGAAACCCGCCGCCGAUUAUGAGGAUGCGAGUUCCGGGGCCAGCUCAGCUCUACCACACGCCUCACCACCCCAUGGACCCAUCACCGUCUGGAGGAGGACCAAUUUCAAUCAGCAGCCGGGACCGAGCUUCUCCUCUAGGAGGUGGGCCCAUGAUUCCAGCCGCAGGAAGCCCCCUGGCCAAAGGAGGCCCCACGCCUCCGCCUUACGUCAGAGGGCCCCCGAUUUCUCGAUUUUCCGACGCUCAACUAGCUCCGAGACACCAGUUACCGCCAUUUACAAGUGCCUCUCCUGGGAACCACGCGCUCCAGCAACCUUCGCCGCCUCCUAAUAGACCUCCAGGCAAUUUUUCACCCUACCAUCCGCAACCACCGCCGAAUUAUCACUACGGAGCUUAUCCUCCACCCGCUCCCAUGGUCACUACUGCUGAUGAUGCGGCCUAUCAGGGGUCUCCGUACUCCGCGGAACACUUUUCUACGUCCAGUGAGAAUCCUGCUACUCAAUCGCCGGCUAUUCAACCGCCUCCUGCGGCUCAGACUUCACAGCCGCCGGCGCCUCCUACUUCUCACUCUUCGGAACCUCCUCAUGCGCUGCCGCAUCCUGUUCCUGUUGCUCAUGGACCUGCUCAUGGGCCUCAUGGACCUCCCGGACCGCCGGGGCAUCCUCCAGGACAUCCGGGACACCCUCCAGGACAUCCAGGCCACGGGAAGUACGACGAAGAGGGCUCUGGUGAAUUCGGCGGCCUAGUUUCUUAUUUCAGUAGCCAACGGGAGGAUGAUCUUGACUCGUAG